AAAAAUUCAUUUCCCUUGGUUGGUUUGGUUGAACAAUUUGAAAAGCCGAUGGUGUGAUUACGGAUUUACGCAUGCAUGCACAUGUCAUGUUAUGACAGAAUGUGAAGAGAAAGGAGGCUAAGCAAAUAUAAAUGGAGUGUUGCACAGUUGAAAUGGAAGUGCAGAAAAAGACGAUACAGAAAUUGAAUGGUUCUUCUGUGAUAAAGUUGGAUCUAGAAUUUAAAGAUUUGACGAUCUUGCAAAUUGAUGUUGAGAAUUCUAGGCUGCUAGAAGAUCUGAGAAUCUCUGGAAAUCUUUUUGAAAGUCUUCCAGAUUUUUUUGAAAAUUUAACCAGAUUAAAAAUUCUGCAUGCAAAUGAAAACAAGCUCGUUAUACUUCCUGAUUCCUUUAAACAUUUAGUGAAUCUGGAGGAUCUUCAACUGAUUGGAAAUCAAUUGGUUGAGCUGAAUCCUUCUAUAUGCUGUUUAGUGUCUUUAAAGAAAAUAGUUGUUGACGAAAACUUAUUAACAUCACUGCCAGCUGAAAUUGGUCAUAUGAAGAAUUUGAGAAUUCUAGAAGCUUGCUACAACAAGAUUCAAAAACUACCGGAUGGACUUUGUGAUCUUGAGAAUUUAACAGUUUUAAACAUUUCAAAUAAUGAAAUCAAAUGCUUGCCAUCAGAGUUUGGCACCUUAGCCAGUCUGAAUUACAUAGACAUUUCAGACAAUAAGAUCAAUAUACUACCUGAUUCGUUUAAGUCUGCACCGAUUCUUGAGAGGUUUUAUGCAAAUUCAAACCAUAUAUGUAUUUUACCAGAAUGGUUUGCAAUGCUUCCAAAGAUAACAAUAUUGUUGAUGCGAGAUAAUUGGUUACAAGGGAAUCCUUUUCCUGACAACUUUGGAGAAGUUAGUGUCUCCCUGCAGCGGUUUGAUUUUGCAGGUAAUUCCAUUACAAAGCUGCCUUCAUCAUUUGGAAGACUUGUCAACCUAGAGUAUGUGCACUUGGGUAGUGUCAUAGGACAGCUGGAACGCCGGGGAUUUCAGAAUGGCAACUGGAUCCCUGAGCUGUCAGAGGGCUUUGGCAAUCUUGUUUCCUUAACAGAACUGCAUCUUGACGAGAACCGGUUGAAUUGUUUACCCGAUGAUUUUGGAAGCCUCUGCAGUUUGGAGGAAGUUGAUCUGUGUCAGAAUAUGAUUCAUGUUUUGCCAAAGAGUUUUAGUAAAUUAAGAAAGUUAAGGAAGUGUUUACUCUCUCAGAAUCAUUUAGAGUAUUUACCAAACGAUUUUGGAGAGCUUCAAGCUCUGAGAGAACUUAGGCUGGAUAAUAAUGAGAUUACAGAACUUCCAGUGUCGUUUGACAAGCUAACCGACCUGAUGUACUUAGACUUGUUCUGCAAUAAACUCACUUCAAUUCCUACUUGUCUGAAAGUGAUGAACAAGCUAAUUGGCCUAGAUAUUGAUGAGAACUGUAUGAAAAUGUCCAUUAAUGAUAUUCCAAAAAUAUUUCGUGGGAAUAAGUAUGCAGAACGUAACCCAGACUUUUCAAACAAUUGGAGAGGAAAGAAACGAGCAGAUCAUUUUGAACCAGUUAUUGAGGAGGUUUCUUUUUCACAUGAUGAAACUAAAGAAGUUGAGGAGGAAGUCCAGGAGGAAGCAGAAUGGAAUACACACGCUCUGGAACAUGCUGUGAGGCAGGGAAUGGCGAUGUGGCGAAAGAGUACACAAUACAGCAAAUAUAGGGAAAAUAGUGAUAGUUACGAAGAAGAGGAUGAAGAUGAAUAUGAUGAAGAAGAAGAAAAAUGUGGUGAUGAUAAUGAAGUUGAAGGGGCUCCAAGUAAUGUAAUAAUUUGUGACAACAAUGCAGAACCAGAAAACUGGGAGGAUGAGUUAGAUACUGGUCCAUAUGAACGCGAGUAUAAUUAUGUGUAUCCUAAUCCGGAACCGAGCCGUUUCUUUUUCAUUCCGGCAGAAGACCACCCCAUGUGCUUGCAACUAGGACGGACUUUGUUCAAUGAUAAUCAACCAGGCCAGUUUGAGGAUGCGGAAUAACCCGAUAUAAUUUUACCUUAAAGAUAUACCAUCUGUGAUGCUGAAGUACUUAAAAUAAAAUUUGUAAUUGUGUAAUAUGUAAAGGUAAAUUUUUAGCUUUCAAUUGAAAAUUAGAAUGAUAUGCUCUAUAUCUUCUUUGCGUAUUAACUGACAGUUCAAAUUUCAUUGCAUUGACCUUUGACUUUAAAUUGGCUGGUUAUCGAUUUAAGGAUGUUUGUAAAUUGUUUUGGUUUGUGUUUCAUUGGAAGUUAUGAUUCUUUUAUUUGAGUUAUUCUGUAUUUUGAUUAGUUUUUGAGGUUUUUCUACAUUUUAUAAUUGAUGGUAUAUAUAUAUUUUUAAAUAAGGGUCUUUAGUCUUUCUACUGGGGAACCUGUUCAGUAGGAAAUCUACUGUUCUUCCACAGGGAUUAGUACAAAAAAUGACAACAAUCACAUUCAAUAAAUUAAUUGUAGGCUUAGGCCUAGGCCGUAUAGAAAAAAGGAGAAAAUUAACUUAAUAGGUAGUUUUCGCUGCACAACGUUAACCUUCACUUAAACGUUAGUACACAACAUGCAACGAGAUAGUUCUUCCCUUUUUUGUAAACAAAUCGAAAUACUCAUGCGCAAACCUGUAACUAAUGUACAUCGAGCACGUAAAAUCCUGAAAUUCACAUACUCCACAACACAAUGAAUAAAUUAUGACGUUAUCCGUUAAGGUUAAAGUCGUGCGGCGAAGACUACCUAACACAUCAACUGUUUUUUCUUUGGCCAAACCCUUGCAUAAUGGGAAAUACAGUUUAUCUUAGUUUUUAAUUAAAAUAUCUAUUUGAGAUAUUUUAGUAUCUAAAUAUAUUUUAAACUACGAUAUUCAUUUACGUUUCAGUUCAGCUUGCCUUACAUAAUUACAUAAUUGAUAUGUGAAUAUCUCAUGCAGAUGUAAAACUAAUAUGUAGAUAUUACUUGCAGAUAUGACUUAGACAUAUUUAUUACCCCAAUGAUAUAGCCUAUUUUCUAGUAGUUUUGUCAUCGGUGGCUAUUUUCCUACACUCUACUUAGAAAUAGGAUGUAAAGUAGAUUUAUUCAGGGUUUGAAUUAACAGCUUGUAGCUGUGUUAAAAGCAAUGUUGUAAUUCAGUAUAUUUUUAAUGUUUGAACUCUCCACUGCCGCAGCAAACCUUAUUUUUAUAUACAGUGAUUUUGUAUGAAUUUUGAAUAUUUUAUAUAGUCUUAAAGAAGUGAUAUUUAUUUUAUAAUCAGAAAAACUGGGGAAGACAUCUUAACUACUAAUUUCUGUAUAUGUCAUGACACAAACUUUUUAUACCUCGUUCGAUCAAUCAAUCAAAUACCAAGUUAUAUAAUGUAAUGUAGUUGAAUUUAUAUAGCACUUUAUACGGAAGUCACAAAAGCACUUUAGGUGUGGACCAGCUCGUACAAUAACUUGCUACUCCCCUCACGGUAUCUUUGUGUCUGAGCUCCCCGGUAAACCUGUACCAGCUAUCUCUGUCCACAGCAGGGGCUGCAUGGACCAGUACACCAGGGUAACUCCCUACUUUUCUUGAAAGAUGUACUGGGUUGUUUUGAGUGCAUAUGAGCCAAAUUGUGUACACUGAGCCUCAAAUAUAAGUUUUUUAUUUUGCCAGCAAGUGAACUAACAGACUAAAAAUUAAAUUUCUUAUCAUUCAAAUUGGAAUCAUCUGUGAGAGGCAGGUUUGCAAAACGAGGUAUAAAAAUAGUCUUGACUUUUGUUGCAGUCAAAUUCAUAUUGCUUAAAUCAUUGAACUGAGUUAAUGAGAGGGGAAUUAAAAAAAAAAACUGAAAAUGUUUUUAAAGAUAAUUAGAACUUCAAAUACCAACUGAUGAAUAUAGGUAAAUUUUUACUAGUUUUCAGAGAAAAACACACCUGUAAGUCACACAACAUUAUCACCAGCAGAAGUAAUACUGCAAUUCCUAAUAAACAUUCCAUUAAUAAUGUAAUAUGAUUUGUAUUUCUAAAUAUUAUUUGAUUUCUUUGAUGAAUGAAAUAAAUAAAAUAUAUUUGUGGAGAUUCAUUGGUUA